AUGGCUUCAACAAACGGCAGUACGGAAAUUUCUCAGGCUGAUAAGAAUGUAGAAAUGUGGCGGAUCAAAAAGUUGAUCAAAAGUUUGGAGUCUGCUAGAGGUAAUGGGACGAGCAUGAUUUCGCUCAUCAUCCCUCCAAAGGAUCAGAUUACCAGGAUAGCGAAAUUGUUAGCCGAGGAGUAUGGAACAGCAUCUAAUAUUAAAAGCCGUGUGAAUCGCUUAUCCGUCCUGAGUGCGAUAACUUCUGUACAACAACGUCUGAAGUUGUACACUAGAGUUCCUACCAAUGGCCUUGUUGUAUAUUGUGGAACAAUAGUCACUGAGGAUGGUAAAGAGAAAAAGGUCAACAUCGAUUUCGAACCAUUUAGACCAGUAAACACGUCUUUAUAUCUUUGCGACAACAAGUUCCAUACAGAGGCCUUAGUAGCGCUGCUAGCAGAUGACAGCAAGUUCGGAUUUAUUGUUGUUGAUGGUAAUGGGGCUUUAUUUGGGACAUUAUCGGGAAACACUCGCGAGGUUCUGCACAAAUUUACAGUAGAAUUGCCGAAAAAACAUGGUCGUGGAGGUCAAUCUGCACUUCGUUUCGCACGUUUGCGGAUGGAAAAGCGGCACAAUUAUGUUCGUAAAGUAGCCGAGACUGCAACGCAACUUUUUAUAACAAACGAUCGACCGAAUAUCGAAGGUCUCAUCCUUGCAGGGAUUGCUGAUUUCAAGAGUGACUUAGGACAAUCUGAUAUGUUUGACCAAAGGCUUCAAGCAAAGUUGAUUAAAAUAGUAGAUAUAUCAUAUGGUGGUGAAACAGGAUUUAACCAAGCUAUCGAACUGGCCACAGAUACACUUUCUGGCGUAAAGUUCAUUCAGGAAAAAAAACUGAUUCAAAGAUACUUUGACGAGAUAUCUCAAGAUAGUGGGAAGUACUGUUUCGGUGUUGAGGACACCUUGAAGUCCCUAGAGAUGGGUGCUGUGGAGACCCUCGUGGUGUGGGAGAACCUUAGUGUAAACCGCUAUGUCCUCAAAGUCCCAAAUUCUGAAGGAAAUAGAAUUAUACACUUGCGUCCUGACCAGGAAACAGACCGACGACAUUUCGUUGACCCGGAGACAGGAUCUGAUUUGGAAAUUCUAGAUACCCAGCUUCUUUUAGACUGGCUCGCCCUAAACUACAGAUCUUUUGGAACGACUUUAGAAAUUGUCACUGACAAGUCUCAGGAAGGUGCUCAGUUUGUUCGCGGCUUUGGUGGUAUAGGUGGUAUUCUACGUUACCAACUCGAUUUUAAUCAUUUGGCGGGUGGAGAUGUUGAUUUCGAGGAUGACUUCAAUCUUGAUGAUUACUGACAAACCAGUCCAACCUGUGGUUGGCGCAGGUUUCCGUACGGCCGCUCUCCAUGGUUUGAACACAGGUUUCUAAGGAUUAUUCCCAAGGAUAAUUUUUGCAGAAUUGAAAAACAGGCUUUUGAAGAGUUCAAUUUAAUUUCGGU